CCGAUUUGGGCGGAUUUAUUCUGGGUCAAUUUUUGGCAGAUUGCAAAAGGGUAACAUCACAGAUUUUGGGCGAUUUUUCCAAAUGCCAUUUUCUUUCAAUUCUGGAGGCUACAGAUCACGAAAUCAGGCCGAGGUUAUUCUCCACCAAUAAUGAAGUCUAUUGAUCCUAUUCUCCACGGAUGAUAAGUCCAUUAAACACCGAUUUGUGCCAAUUUAUUUUCGGAUGGCAUUUUCGUAAUUUGUGGCCGUCGAAAUGCCAUUUUCUGUGGAUUGUGAAGGCUACAGAUCACGGAUUCGGCCUGAGACUAUUCUUCAAUGAUGACUAAGUCCAUUAAGCACCAAUUUGGGCGGAUUUAUUCUGGGUCAAUUUUUGGCAGAUUGCAAAGGGGUACCAUCACAGAUUUUGGGCCAUUUUUCCGAAAUGCCAUUUUCUUUCGAUUCUGGAGGCUCCAGAUCGCGAAAUCAGGCCGAGGCUAUUCUCCACCGAUAAUGAAGUCUAUUGAUCCUAUUCUCCACGGAUGAUAAGUCCAUUAAACACCGAUUUGGGCCAAUUUAUUUCUAGAUGACAUUUUCGUAAUUUUGUGGGCGUCGAAAUGCCAAUUUCUUUGGAUUUUGAAGGCUACAUAUCACGGAUUCGGCCUGAGACUAUUCUUCAACGAUGACUAAGUCCAUUAAGCACCGAUUUAGGCGGAUUUAUUCUGUGUCAAUUUUUGGCAGAUUGCAAAGGUGUACCAUCACAGAUUUUGUGCGAUUUUUCCGAAAUGCCAUUUUCUUUUGAUUCUGGAGGCUACAGGUCACAGGCAGAAUGGAAUGGAGGGUUCCUUCCUGCCUGGUUGUGGUCCGACAUGUAGAUGAGCCUGAAGCAAACACCAUGCUGAUCUUUGCUUGGGCCGGCUCCGAGGUACGAAGUCACUCGACUAAGUUGGAGAGGUAGGCUUAGAACGACAAUUCAACGAACGUUUACCAAGUAGAAGCGACAUUAGAAUUACACUAACGACAAGUGUUAGGACCGUAAACAGACGAACUAACAACAAGUGUCGGUACGUACGACAUUAGUUUAUUCCACUAACGCCAAGAAGUUUAUCACGACAAGUAGCGGUAGGCAAACUACUAAUAGCUGGUAAAUGAAAGGACUCGCAUCUCUUACAACCGAGCCGACCUCAGGAGAACAGGAGUCGGAAAUCACACUCGAGCUGUAAAAAAAAAGGAGACAGACGUGCUUGUAAAUAAAAUAAUAAAUUGAAUAUUCAAAUUUUGUGGGCCUGGAAUACGCGAGUUGUGGGCUCUGGCCCAGUGGUGUUCUUUUCUAAUUUGAUACUGGGCUUUUUCCAAGUAGGACCACGGCACCGCACGUUUGGGCCCGUUCAUCAAUUGGGCGAGUUGACGUUGAACUUAUUUGAUAGUUGAUUAGUCUUCUUUUCUAAAAAUCACAGAAAUAGGAUUCGUUUGUUAUCCAUUCCACUGAUAUCCUCAUCAGAGCAAUAAAUGGUCACCAACUCACCAUAUAAAUUUUGCCCAAAUGGCCACAUCUUGAAGAUCUCUGCUGUCCUGUUUCAGAGGCAGAGAGCACUGGGUUAUUUUGGAUCAAGAAGAAGAAGAAGAAGGAAAGAAAAUGGAAGCAGCAGCAGGGAGUUGUUUACAGUACAAUUACUACCACUCAGCAAAGUCAUCUCUUGUUGCUGCUGCAACAGCUUCUGCUUCUUCUUCUUCAUCAAUCCCUCUCAAAACCAGCAGCAGCUUCUUGAAAGGGCUUAGGAUAAAAGGAAGGAAUCAGCUGCCGCGGAAGCAGAACACUAGUACAGGAUUCCUUCAUCUAGUAGUUCAAGCUUCUUCAGCAGCUGAAACCACAUCCACCGCUGCUGCUGCUGCUGCUGUUCAAGAAAGAUGGAUUCUUGUUCCUGUUGGAGAUGGAGACACGAGGCACAUUGGAUUUGAGGUUAAGAUGCCCGGCGCCUUCGAAAUUGCCUCAAAUGAGGUGACAGUUGGGCGUGUUCCUGAGAAAGCUAACAUGGUCAUCCCGGUUGCUACAGUGUCGGGAGUGCACGCUAGAAUCCAGAAGAAAGGAGGGAAUCUUUUGGUGACGGAUUUGGACAGCACCAACGGCACUUUCAUCGGCGACAAGCGCCUCCGACCUGGCGUUGCUUCCACUCUCGUUUCUGGCAAUGUCGUCAUUUUUGGGGACAUUCAUCUCGCGAUGUUUCGAGCUUCGAAAUUGGAGAAUGUGGAAGUUGCUGCUGCUUCCAAUGGCUCGUCAACUGAGGAAGGAGAAGCAACGACAGAGACCGAGAAGUCGACAGAAUCCACUAGUAGUUAGUUAGAAAAAAAAUGAUACAAGUUGUGUGCUACUGGUUGGUUAAUGAUGGCCACGACUCAAUUCGGCCCAGAAUUGUAUCAAAUCGAAAUGAAUAAGAUGAUAAGGAGAAGAUAAAACUAAAACGAAGAUGAACAAUACAAUAUUAUUGUUACA